UUUUCCAUAUUAGUUCAGAGUCCUUUCUGAUUCCGAAUAGCAGGGAUUGCAUAGGGAGAGAAGCCUCCAGUGAGGAGGGAGGGGAAGGGCAGGGCAAGGGAGCAGUCCAGCUAUAGAGAGCAAAGGAAACGGCAGGCGAGAUAGAAAAGGAAGGACAAACAGAUAGAGGGCGAGUACAAGAACGUCCGGUCGGCCUCAAAGGAAGAUUAAGAACCUCAGCACAAGACAGGAGGAAUUAUGGGGUCGGGGACGAGUCCGAUGGGGUCGACUGGAGGAGGCAGUGCAACCGCUGGCAAGGAGAAGCAAGCAGAAACUGGAGGCCUAGUGCUGGAGGAAGCCCAAAAAUGUUGUGGCUGCCGCUUUCCUUUGCUGGUCGCUCUGUUACAGCUUCUGCUGGGCAUCGCAGUAGCUGCUGUGGCCUUCCUAAUGGUUGCCAUUAGCUCCUCUCUGCUGGCCAGGGAGACGCCCCAUUGGGCCGGCAUCAUUAUGAUUGUGGUGUCUCUGCUGGGAUUCGUCCUCUUCUGCAUCACCAGAGUGCCUGAUGAGAGAGCGACGGCUCAAUUUAUUGUAAAGCUCCUGUACUUCUUUCUGUGCACGAUGGGGAUGGUCAUUUCCGCUGUGGUCAUUGCCUUCCAGUGCUACCAUUAUGCCCUGACUAACAGCUACAUCUGCAAGGAAAUGGGGGAGUACUGUUUGUGCACUCUGGACCCUGAGGAUCCCAUCGCCCGCACUUUCACCUACAGUGGUGUGACAGACUGCAGUGCUAUCGUAAGCACGCUACCCGUGUAUUACCUUCUGCAGAUGGUGCUGAACUUGGCUCAGGCUAUCGUCUGCCUGGUGGGGGCCUUCCUUAUAUGGAAGAAGAGGUACCAGGUGUUUUUCGCUGGGCUACAGACAGGAUCUCCUUCUACCCAGAAUUGGCAGAAAGUUUAGGGCACUGAGAGAUUUCUCUGGAGAAGUAAACAUGUGGAGCGUGGGAGUGUUUGUGCCUUUAGGGAAGAAACUGUUUGCUGCAGUGUCUGCCACAGUGGGAGUUUUAUGCCAUGCGACCUUUUAUCAAAGCAGUUGAAUGAGUCUGUUUGUAUUGCCAUAUUAUAAUAUUUCAGGAAGUUUUAUGCAAUCUUUAGAGUUAUUGUAUUUUUCUACAUGGGCUGUUUGAAAAUGUCCACUUGUUGAGGUUAACGGUUUAUUUUUAGCACUGCCAAGGAGAGUAUUUUUAUCUAUAAAACCAGUAAGUGACACAAAAGGAGACCUGACAUUUUAGGAAAAUGAGCGACACAAUCUGUUGCUGUGGUUGUUACUGUUGUGGUAAUGGCAUGCAUAAAAAUUUAUUUAAUUGUGUUUUAAGUAUUAAAAUUUGCUUAGUCAAAAAAAUUAAAAUAAAUAAAUAAAUGCAAUUAUUCACACAUUAACCUUUACCUUUUACUCUUUUUCUAACUUCAGGUGUGUUCAUUGUCCAUCGUUUCUGAGACAAAAUUCCUGGUGGCUCAUUUACUGUUGAUAUAUAUAUAUAUAUAUAUAUACACACACACACACACAUACAGAUUUAGGACUAGAUAUUUAGAUAUAAAGAUAUAUAUAUAUGCAUAAUUUUUUACAAAUAAAUUAUAGUUUAUCCUGUUAGUAAAAUAUUGGUUUAUAACUAUCUGUUAGACUUAUUUAUAAUUUCUAGUCUUUUAAUAAGUCAUAUUAAACACUAUGAGAAUACACAGGAGCAACCAUCUUUAACAUUUCUUAGAUGAAAUAUGAUUCCUAAAACAUAACACAUCAAAUCAUUGAAUACAGUACUGCUUUACCUGAAGAACUGUCUAGAGCACUUAAAAACAAAAGCACUGUGUACACAGCAGUCAGAAAUAAUAGGUGUGUCCAGUGAGGCUGGAGGGGCUUGUGGACUGAAGUCACAGUUCAUACAGCCAGUGAACAGCAGCCAGUCAUUCAGGGACUGGAGGGGUUCAAAGGGGUACUAAGACAAACAGCAGGUCACUGCCUCCACUUUCAUGCAAUGGAAGGGCAAACGGUCUUUAACCUUUUUUUUAUUUUACAUAGGUCUAUUGCAUAUUUUAUAUUUGUAGCCAGGUGAAAACUGAGCGAAUGUAAAGCCUGACAAUCAAGCCAAAAAGCUCUGUUUUUCAUCAAGUCCUCGUCAAUGAAGCUUGUAAACCAAAUGAAAAAGAUUGAGAGAUAGGAACACUUCCAACAGGAAGAGAGCUGCCUGAGGUGUUAAAAGAGUCUGUUGCUUUAAAGAGACCUUCAGUCUGGUGUUUGGAAGAAAUGCAACAUGAUGCUUCAGCACAGGAAAAAAAAAACACCCAUAAAUGUAAGCUUUGUAUGAGUCAUUUUUCCUUUGAGCUGAUUUCUAAUAAAAGGCAUUUGCAUAA